CCGCGGGGGGUCCGGGCCUAGCCGGGCCCGGCCCCGCCCGCCCACGUGCAGCCCCGCGGGAGGCCGGAGGCCGGGGGGGGAGGAGCCGGCUCGUCAGCCUGGGGAGAGCCCCCGGGCCCUCGGCCCCAAGGCUGGAGCGCGCCUGCGCGGCGGCCCGCCCGAGCGUGUGCAAGCGUUUCUAAAGCACCUACUAAGUGCCGGGCACCGUGCCGAGCGCUGGGGUCCCCGAAAAGGCCAAGAGCCCUGUCCUCCAGGGCUUCCGGUCAGAAGGGAGGCAGAGAUGUAACUAACCCUUGGGAAGCACCCAGUAAGCGCCAGGCACUGUGCUUCUCGCUGGGACGCGGAGAGAGACGGCUUCCGGUCCCACGGGAAAAAGGGAGGGAAACAAGCAUUUGUCAAACGCUGACUUGUGCGCCAGGAGCAGCGCUGAAUGCUAGGGUUGUGAGGAAAGACAAGCAGCCUCUGCCCUCGAGGAGCUUCCGGCCUUUACAAUUAAAAAAAAUGUUGUUGCAGCUUGCAGUCUGGGGAAAGGAGGAAGGAGAGCGGAGUGUGUGGAGCACCCGCCAAGCCCUCCGCGAGCUUGCAGUCUGACCAGGGAGACCCGUGGCAGCUCGGUACAGGGAGGCAGUGACCAAAACCAAGGGAUUUUCCUCCGAGGCCGGAUUUUAGCUGGUAUAGGAAGGGGCCUGAUAUGACGCUGACUCGGCUACACAAGGCAAUUGAUGAGUCCUGUCCACAGUUGGCAAAUUCGGUUCAAAUCAGAAUCAAGCUGAUGGCUGAAGGGGAGCUGAAGGACAUGGAACAGUUCUUUGAUGACCUUUCUGAUUCCUUUUCUGGAACUGACCCCGAGGUUCACAAGACAAGUGUCGUAGGUUUAUUUCUGCGCCACAUGAUCUUGGCCUACAAUAAGCUUUCUUUCAGUCAGGUGUACAAGUUGUACACGGCCCUGCAGGAGUACUUCCAAAAUGCAGGGAAAAAAGCGGCUGUGGAAGAGGCAGACAUGGACCUGACCAGCCCCGAGGGGCAGCUUGUGGGUGUGAUGGAAAGGGAAGAUCUGGAUGUGCCUUCAAGAGAGGAGGAGAUCUCUUGCAGUGGGCCUCUUUCCCAGAAGCAAGCGGAAUAUUUUCUUUCCCAACAGGCAUCUUUAUUAAAGAAUGAUGAGACGAAAGCACUCACUCCGGCUUCUUUACAGAAAGAAUUGAAUAACUUGUUGAAAUUUAAUCCUGAUUUUGCCGAAGCGCAUUACUUAAGCUACUUAAACAGUCUUCGGGUCCAAGAUGUUUUCAGUUCUACACACAGUCUUCUCCAUUAUUUUGACCGCCUGAUUCUCACGGGAGCUGAGAGCAAAAGUAAUGGGGACGAAGGUUAUGGGCGGAGCUUGAGAUAUGCUGCCCUCAAUCUGGCUGCCUUGCACUGCCGAUUUGGACACUACCAACAGGCGGAGCUCGCCCUGCAGGAAGCGAUCAGGAUUGCCCAGGAGUCCAACGACCACGUGUGUCUGCAGCACUGCUUGAGCUGGCUUUAUAUCUUGGAGCAGAAGAGAUCAGAUAGCUGUGUUCUGUUGGAACAUUCAGUGAAGAAAGCCGUGCAUUUUGGGCUACCGUAUUUAGCGUCCCUUGGGAUCCAGGCUUUGGUCCAGCAAAGAGCUUUUGCUGGGAAGACAGCAAGCAAGCUGAUGGAUGCCCUGAAGGACUCGGACCUUCUGCACUGGAAGCACAGCCUGGCGGAGCUCGUUGACAUCAGUCUGGCCCAGAAGACAGCUGUAUGGAGGCUCUAUGGGCGCAGCACCAUGGCUCUCCAGCAGGCCCAGACUCUGCUUAGCAUGAACAGCCUGGAGGCCUUGAACCUGGGUGUGCAGCAGAGCAACACCGAAUCGUUUGCAGUGGUGCUGUGUCACUUGGCCGAGCUUCAUGCUGAGCAGGGCUGUUUGGCUGCUGCUUCUGAAGUACUGGAGCACUUAAAAGAAAGGUUCCCGCCCAACAGUCAGCACGCACAGUUGUGGAUGCUCUGUGAGCAGAAAAUACAGUUUGGAAGAGCUAUGAAUGAUGGUAAAUACCACGUGGCAGAUUCUCUUGUAACAGGAAUCACGGCCCUUAACAGCCUAGAGGGAGCCUACAGGAAGGCGAUUGUCUUACAAGCCCAGAACCAGAUGUCGGAGGCUCAUAAGCUUCUCCAGAAGUUGUUGGUUCAGUGUCAGAAGUUGAAGAACACAGAAAUGGUGAUUAGCGUUCUGCUGGCCGUGGCGGAGCUGUACUGGAGGUCUUCUUGCCACACCAUCGCCCUGCCCGUCCUACUGCAGGCCUUGGCUCUGUCCAGGGAGUACCGGCUCCAGUACCUGGCCUCAGAGACUGUGCUGAGCUUGGCUUUCUCCCAGCUUAUCCUUGGAAUUCCUGAGCAGGCCUUGAACAUUCUCCAUAUGGCCAUUGAGCCCAUCUUGGCAGAUGGGGCUGUGCUGGACAAAGGGCGUGCUAUGUUUCUGGUGGCCAAGUGCCAGGUUGCUUCUGCUGCUUCCUACGAUCCCCAGAAGAAAGUAGAAGCUUUGGAGUCAGCCAUCCUGAACCUCAACGAAGCCAAGAGUUACUUUGCAAAAGUGGACUGCAAAGAGCAAAUCAGAGACGUUCUUUACUUCCAGGCGAGGCUCUACCACAUGCUGGGGAAGGCCCAGGAGAGGAACAGAUGUGCCAUGCUCUUCCGUCAGUUACAUCAGGAGCUUCCGGCUCAUGGGGUGCCUUUAGUCAACCACCUCUAGCCCAAGGACAGCCGAUGCUGGCCUUGUGGCGAAUGUUUUCUUCUCCUCACCUUUAAAUGAUGUAUUCUUUUGUGCGAUCAUUUGUGUAUUAUUGGAAUCCCCUUAUCAAUAAAAAGACUGCCUUCAGUUUA